CCUGCUUCUCUCUCUACCCCUCUCCCUGCUCAUGUUCUCUCUCUCUCUCAAAUAAAUAAAUAAUAUAUUUUUAAAUUAUUUACUUUUUAUUUAUUUAUUUUAAUUUUAUUUAUUUAUUUGACAGAAAGAGAGAGAGCACAAGUAGGGGGAGCAGCAGGCAGACAGAGAAGCAGGCUUCUCGUUGAGCAGGGAGCCCAAUGAGGAGCUUGAUCCUAGGACCCUGGGAUUAUGACCUGAGUGGAAGGCAGAUGCUUAACCAUUUAACCGACUGAGCCAUCCAGGCACCCCCCCUUUUCUUUUUUUUAAGUUUCAUUCAUUUAUUUAUUUGACAGAGAGAGUACAAGCAGGGGGAACGGCAGACAAGAGGGAGAGGGAGAAGUGACUCCCCGCUGAGCAGGGAGCCCAAGACAUGGCUCCAUCCCAGGACCCUGGGAUCAUGACCUGAGCGGAAGGCAGACACUUAACCGACUGACCCACCCAGGUGCGCCAAUAAAUAAAAUCUUAAAAAAAAAAAAAAAAAAAGAGGCAGAAAGCUGUUAUAUACUAACUAUUACGGGAUUAGAAACUUAGGGGAAAAAAAUCAACGAGCAAAAUUAAAGAUCUAAUUGGCUUUGUUACGUGAUUCAUAAAUCCUGCAGUAUCCCAUCCAGCAAAAAGAAAGGAACUCCAAGGAGCUACACAAAAGAAGAGUUUUAUAAACAGAAUUGGGGUGGGACAAUUAACAAAAGAAAAGUAAGGAUUGUUUCAGGUAAGGUCACCUUCCCUGAGGGGGGAGGGCAAUCUUAUUAGGUGGAAUACCUCAACUUCCUUUGGAGAAUGGAGAGGGCCCAUGUGACAGUGUUGGGGAGGAAAAAUUUCCUAUACCAUUUAAGAUUCUUCUAACCUAGUCUAAGAAUAAAUUUGACAUGAGACAGAUUAACAGGAGAAAAAAGCCAAGUUAAUUACAUGUGCAGGGAAGCCCAAUAACAAAAUUCAGACCCAAAGAAAUGACCAAGGCAGGCAGUUUUUAUAGUUUUUAAACAAAGAGACAAUAAAUCUAUGAGGAAUUAACAGGACAAAGAAAAUUCAUGUUCAUGAGCUUCAAUUAGCAAGGAAUUUUAAACAAUUAAUGUUGGGGUAGUAAAUUAGUAAAAAGUAAUAGCAUUAUUUAUAUAGCCUUCUCAGGUCUAAAUGCCAUAUCUCUGGAAAUAAGGAUGUAUAUUUACCUCCUGGUAUAGAAAGGAUGCCUUUCACAUGGGAGAUUUAUUUCCUGUUUCCUGGAGACAGAGGGGCAUCAGAGUUCUUUUUGCAUUGGCUGUUUAAGUAACUUUUAUUUAAAAUAAUCAGUAUACCAGGGCACCUGGGUGGCUCAGUGCAUUAAGCAUCUGACUCUUGAUCUCAGCUCAGGUCUUGAUCUGAGGGUAGUGAGUUCACGCCCCACCUUGGACUCCACUCUGGGCAUGAAGCCUACUUAAAAAAUAAGUAGGGGCACCUGGAUGGCCCAGUCAGUUAAGCAUCCAACUCUUGAUUUUGGCUCAGGUCACGAUCUCAGGGUCAUGAUAUGGAGCCCCACAUCGGGCUCCAUGCUCAGCUGGGAGUCUGCUUGUCCCUCUCCCUCUGCUCCUCCCCACCCCAAUACAUACAUAAAUAAAAUCUAAAAAUAAGUAAAUAGGGGGCCUGGGUGGCUCAAUAGGUUAAGUGUCCAACUCUUCAUUUGGGCUCAGGUCAUGAUCUCAGGGUUGUGAGAUUGAGCCAUGCACUGUGCUCUGCACUCAGCACAGAGUCUACUUGGGAUGCUCUCUCUCCUCCCUCUGCCCCUUCCCCUGCUCGCUCACUCAAAUAAAUAAAUAAAUAAAUAAAUAAAUAUUAAAAAUAAAUAAAGUAAACAGUAUGCCAAAGUAGCACAUUUUGGCUGGCCUCUGCCAGGUCCUCCUGAGCUAUGAUGGCCUGCAUGGAGCCUCCCAGGUGGCAUCCUGGAAUCACGGUAGGAGUAAUGGUGACUAGCAGCCGGCAUCCUCGUUGUGUCCUGGGCAAGAGGAAAGGGUCAGUUGAAGCCGUCAGUUUUCAACUUCCUGGGGGCCAUUUGGUGUUCAGUGAAAUGUGGGAAGAAUGUGCUCAAAGGGAAACCUGGGAAGAAGCAGCUCUUCACCUGAAAAAUAUUCACUUUGCCUUAGUUGUGAAUUCCUUUGUUGAGAAAGAAAAUUACCAUUAUGUGACCAUACUAAUGAAAGGAGAGGUGAAUGUGACUCAUGACCCGGAACCAAAGAAUGCAGAGCCUGAAAAAAAUGGAAGUUGGGAGUGGGUUCCCUGGGAAGAAUUUUCUCCUCUGGACCAGCUUUUCUGGGCUCUGCCUUGUUUAAAGGAACAAGGCUGCAAUACAUUUAAAGAAGAUUUGGAUCAUCUGGUAGGAUACAAAGGACAUCAUCUCUGGGGAACAAGAAGAUAACCUGAUUUAUUUUAAAAAGACAAAAUAAGGUCUUGUUAGAGAAUAAAAAAUAUCUACAUUUCAGAACAACUCCAUUUUAUCUAAAAAGUUCCAUAUGAUUGUCAAUUUAUUUGAUCUCUCUUAAUAUACCCACCAUCCUUUCAGCCAGUACUUGUGAAGAACUUGUCAUUAUGUCAUGAAUUGCAUUUCAGACUCAGUGUGACAAAUGGUGAUAUUGUGGCCAAAAAAAAAAGAAAGCACAUUUUGGGUUGGCUUAAUUUUGGCCCCCGCAACAGAUUACCUCACUGGUACUGACCAAAAAAUCCCUGACUGACCAGUUAAGACUACAUUUGAAGGAAGUUGAAACUGCAAUUAGGUUAGGGAUUAAACCCCAGAUUGGUGAUGUGGUCUAGCAUAAGUGACUCCAUUUUGGGCCUGUGAUUUUCUUUUUUUGUUUUUUUUUUUAGAUUUUAUUUAUUUAUUUGACAGAGAGAGAGAGAGCACAAGUAGGCAGAGUGGCAGACAGAGGGAGAGGGAGAAGCAGGCUCCCUGCUGAGCAGGGAGCUCGAUGCAGGGCUCGAACCCAGGACCCUGGGAUCAUGACCUGAGCUGAAGGCAGAUGCUUAACCGACUGAGCCACCCAGGCGCCCCUGUGAUUUUCUUUUUAACCAGAGACAUACCACCCAAAUGCAAUGUGUGUUCUUGUUUGGAACCUAAAUUGAACAAACUGACUUCAGGAAAAAAAGAAAAAGAAAAAAGAAAUUUUUGAUAAAAUGAGGACAUUUGAACAUGGAUUGGGUGGAUAUUACAUGACAUUAAAAAAUUGUUCAAUUUUUUGGGGUGCCUGGGUGGCUCAGAUGGUUAAGUGCCUUUGGGUUGUGAUCUCCAGGUCCUGGGAUCAAGCCCCACAUCGGGCUCCCAGCUCAGCAGAGUCUGCCUCUCUGUGUGUGUCUCUUUCUCAAAUGAAUAAAUUAAAAAAUACUUAAAAAAAAGAACUGUUCAAUUUUUACAUGUAACAAUGAAAUUUGAUUAUGUUUUUUAUUAAUUUUUUUUGAGAGAGAGAGCAUGUGUGAGCAGGGUGGGAGGGGCAGAGGGAGAGGGAGAAAGAGAGAGAAUCUUAAGCAGGAUCAACUCGAGGCUCGAUCUCAUGACCCUGCCAUCAUGACCCAAGCCAAAAUCAAGAGUCGGACACUUAACUGAGCAACCCAGGUCCCCCUGAUUAAAUUUUUAAAAUAUUUUCCUAUUAGUUACAUUCUGAAGUAUUUGUAAGUUAAAUAAUAUAUAAAAUGAUAUGAUGGUAUUUGCUUUAAAACAUUCUAGCUAAGGAUAUCAGCAGAAAUGGUUAGUAGGAACAUCCAAAAAGACUCUCCUCCGUAAAACAACACAUUGGCAAAAAUUUCUCAAAAUCAACCUUGCAGUUUUUCAGAAUUGGGGAAAUUAACUAAGGGUUUGCAACAAUCUGAGGAAUGAUUUUUUUUUUUUUUAAUGGCUGAAUACCCUUAAGGGGGAAAGGGAGGAAAGAGGGAGACAGAUGACACAACUUUGCAAGGUGACAGGUAAUGAGAAUUCAUUAUGCUAUUCUAUUUUUGUGUGUAUUUGAAAUUUUCUUUAUUCCUUUUUUUAGAAAGAUUUUAUUUAUUUAGAGAGAGCACGUGAGCUGGGGUGGGGAAGAGAGGGGCAGAGGGAGAGACAGAAUCCCAAGCAGACUCCAUACUGAGCUCAAAGCCCGACACAGGGCUUGAUCUCAUGACUCUGAGAUCAUGACCUGUGCCAAAAUCAAGAGUUGGACACUUAACCAACUGAGCCACCCAGACACCCUGAAAUUGUCUUUAAUAAAAGGUUUAGGGGUGCCUGGGUGGCCCAGUUGGUUAAGCAUCUGCCUUUGGCUCAGGUCAUGAUCCCAGAGUCCUGGGAUGGAGCCCUGAGUUGGGCUUUCUGCUCAGCGGGGAGUCUGCUUCUCCCUCUCCCUCGGACCCUCCCCCUUGCUCGUGCUCUGGUGCUCUUGUGCUCUCUCUCUCUCAAAUAAAUAGAAAAAAAUAUUUAAAAGAAUAAAAAAUAAAAUAGAAGGUUGAAUAAUUGCCUCAUUAUUUUGGGGGGAUUAAUACAUGCAAAUGGCACCAAAUUAAAUAUAUGAAGGGGAGGGCGCCUGGGUGGCUCAGUCGUUAAGCGUCUGCCUUCGGCUCAGGUCAUGAUCCCAGGGUCCUGGAUUGAGUCCCACAUCAGGCUCCCUGCUCUGCGGGAAGCCUGCUCCUCCCUCUCCCACUCCCCCUGCUUGUGUUCCUGCUCUCGCUGUGUCUCUCUCUGUCAAAAAAAUAAAUAAAAUCUUUAAAAAAAUAUAUAUAUAUAUAUGAAGGGGAAAACAGUGAAAAGAUGAUCACUCUCACAUCCUAACACCUCUCUAGAGGCAGUCACUCUUACCAAAGAGUGUACCUUUGCGAAGACACAUGUAUGAAAAUAUUGUACGCAAGAUUUCUUCUCCUACACAAAUAGGAUACUAUACAAACUUAUCUUACUUCUCCUGUGGCAAUAUAUCUUGACUCUUUUCCUUCUCAGUUCACAUACAGAUAUAGCCUUCAUCCUUUUAAUAGCUUCUUGGUUUUCUGUUGUAUGGCUGAACAAUUUAUUUAUUUAUUUGAUGAGUGCUAUACUAAUAGCACUUAGAUUACUUUUUUUAUUUAUUUUUUAAGUUUAUUUAUUAAGUAAUCUCUACCCCCAACAUGGGGCUCAAACUCCUGACCCUGAGAUCAAGAGUUGCCUGCUCUUCUAACUGAGCCAGCCAGGCACUUCUGCUAAUACAAAUAAUGCUGCAAUCACCAUCACCAUAUGUUCUUUUUUUUUUUUUUUUAGUUUAUUUAUUAAUUUAAGUAAUCUCUCUACCCAACUGAAGUGUCUGAAUUAAAAGACCAAAGAGGGGCACCUGGGUGGCUCAGUUGGUUAAGUGACUGCCUUCGGCUCAGGUCAUGAUCCUGGAGUCCCAGGACUGAGUCCCACAUUGGGCUCCCUGCUCAGCGGGGAGUCUGCUUCUCCCUCUGACCCUCCCCUUCUCAUGCUCGCUCUCUCUCUCUCAUUCUCUCUCUCAAAUAAAUAAAUAAAAUCUUUAAAAAAAAAAUUCUUUAAAAAAAAAAAAGACCAAAGAAAAUAAUGCAUAUAGUUUAUUUAAAUAUACAGUUCUAAUGCUUUGAGAAAAAUUCAUGUUAGAAUACCGCAUACACAACUACAGAUUUGGCCUACAUCCCAGGGGAGAAGAACACUCGACCUCAUGUCAAUAGGCCUGAAUCAGAGUGUUGAUUCUACCACACAGUGAACUGGUGUUGACUUCUAUUGUCUCCACUGCUGUGUUAAAGAAAAAAAAGAGACAACAGACCAAAAAUGGAGUUGCUUGUGCUAAGCCCCACAUCAGCAAACCAAGACUUACUAUCUAAACUAAUUGCAAUUUCAGCCUUUCCCAGGAAUGUGACCCUUUAACCAGUCCAUCAGAAUUACCUGAUCAGCACUGGUGAGGUCAUCUACAUAACAGAUCCCUGCUCUUCCUGCAAAGGAAGAUGACCUUGCCUGAAACAACCCCCUCUUUUCUAGAAACUUACUUUUUUCUAUUCCCUUUUGCUCAUAAAAGCCUUCCGUUUUGUUCAGCUCCUCAGAGCUCCAUUCUGUUUGCUAGAUGGGAUGCUGCCUGAUUCAUCAGUCAUGAAUAAAGCCAAUUUGGUCUUUAAAUUUACUAAGUUAAAUUUUGUUUUUUCAAAAAUGCUUGUUAUAGAAUUUUAGAACUAAAUUCAGGGAUACCGGGUGGUUCAGUCAGUUAAGCAUCUGCCUUAGGUUGGGGUCAUGAUCCCAGGGUCCUGGGAUGAAGUCCUGCGUCAGGCUCCUUGCUCAGCAGGGAGCCUGCUUCUCCCUCUGCCUGCCACCCCCCUGCUUGUGUUCUCUCUCUCUCUCUGACAAAUUAAAAAAAAAAAAAAAAGGACUAAAUUCAGCAACCUCAGUCCCCAUUCCAGGGUUUGUCCUUGACUUUGGGCAUAUGCAAAUGCCUCUAUUAAAACUUCAUCCAGGGCGCCUGGGUGGCUCAGUUGGUUAAGCGACUGCCUUCAGCUCAGGUCAUGAUCCUGGAGUCCCGGGAUUGAGUCCCGCAUCAGGCUCCCUGCUCGGCAGGGAGUCUGCUUCUCCCUCUGACCCUCCUCCCUCUCAUGCUCUCUGUCUCUCAUUCUCUCUCUCGCAAAUAAAUAAAAUCUUAAAAAAAAAAAAAAAAAAACUUCAUCCCAUUUUGUGUCCUAAAUACUUUUCUAUCACCAGGAAUCCCAUUAACCACAGAAGUCUGUGUUCAAAUCUUUUCCGGAGUUUACAUUUUAUCUCUCUUAUUUACUGACUGCAUAAUAUUGAUUUUUCUGAGUUUCACUUUCUUCUUUGGUAAAUGGAAUAACAUGGCUCAAUCUUCAAAAUAAAUUACAAAUCUGACCACAUAACUCCAGUGCUCUGAAGAGGUUCAGAAUAAGCUUCCCCAAAAUGUGCCACUUUAGCAUGUAGAUUACUUUGGGCUGAAGUCAAUCAAGGCCCAAAAGACUCAAGAAGAGCUUUUUACCUCUCCCAUAACUGCCUGAAAUAAUUCAGAUAGAGGGCAUGGUUCAGGAAGAGGACUAUCACCAGAGAUAACUACAAAGAAUAUGGGGCAGGCAUGGUAA